GCACAACCUGCGAUACUACUAAUCAAAAGAAAGCACAUUUUCUCUUCUUCCCCCAUUGAGCACAAAAAAAUGAAACCACAUUUGCUUCUUUUCGUCACUCUCUUCGUAACAGUCACCACCACCAACCUAGUACUCUCUUCUCACUCAUCUCCGACACCCAAUUCUGGCCGGAAAAUACCCGAUAACGAUACCAUAUACCGGGUUUCCAAGCAGCUCUGUUGGGGUUGCAUUGGGGAGUCGAUACAAUUCUUAUUUGCCCAUAACAUGGUUAGGGCAGCCAAGUGGGAGCUACCACUUAUUUGGGACUUCAAUCUCGAGAAUUACGCAAAGUGGUGGGCAGGACAGAGGCAAUCGGAUUGUGCGUUGGUCCAUUCGUUCCCGGAAUUCGGGUUCAAGCUUGGGGAGAACAUAUUUUGGGGCAGCGGCUCAAAUUGGACCCCGCCCGACGCUGUUCGGGCGUGGGCUGACGAAGAGAAGUACUACUCGUACUCCACCAAUACGUGCGCAUUUGGGGAACAGUGCGGGCAUUAUACACAGAUUGUGUGGAAAAAUACGCGACGGAUCGGUUGUGCAAGGGUUGUUUGUGACAGUGGGGAUGUGUUCAUGACUUGUAACUACGAUCCGCCUGGAAAUUACAUUGGUGAGAGGCCAUAUUGAUUUAUGUUGACAUAUAGUAUGUAUAGGUGCAUUUGGAUUUUGGUUAAAGAUGUGGGAUAUGUGCAUAUGGUUGUGCCGUGUCUCGUGUUUUUUUGUUUUUUUUCAUGUGUGUGACAUAUAAUUUUGUAGUUCAAUAAUAACAAGGUGAAGGGAAAAAAGAAAAAGAAA